AUGUGCUGCAUAUCACCACCUGCCCGAGAUCGGAAAUACAGGUUCCGACUGGGCGGCGUGCUGAACAGCCUGCAGUCCAUCCGGCGACUCCACGUGGAGGUGCGGGAGCCGAAGCUGGAGAGAUCAGCUGUGGGGAGGCUUUGGGCCGAGAGGCUGAAGGAACUGCGCCUCACUGGCCGCAACCUGCGCCAGAUCGAGCCCGAGGCGUUCCAGGGUUUCCGAGGCCGCCACGAGCUGGUGCUGCAGGUGAGGGACACGUCCAUCUCCGAGCUGCCCGACGACCUGUUGCGCGACCUGCGCCACGUGACCACUCUGACGCUUGACUUACGCCGCAACCGGCUCAUCAACAUGGGUCCGAGCACGCUCUACCCGAACGGCUCCGAGUGGGAGAAGGUCGGCACGAAGGCCGUCAAAGGUGGCAUUCUGCUCGGCGAGAACCGCUGGGUGUGCGACUGCGCGCUGACCUGGCUGGGCCAGUGGCAGCGCCGCUGGGUGCGCGAGAGCCUGCGCAUCCACACAGCCGUACCCCGCAGCGCUCAGCACGUGCACCACGUGGUGCGGCAGGCCACCUGCACCGACCUCAGGACGGGCUCGGAGACGCCGAUCAUGGAGCUGCGCGCAGAGGACCUACGCUGUCGGAUCGGCGCCGUCGGCCGAGGUGGACCUCUGGCGUGCUCGGCAGAGGCCUGCUCCGGCUCAGAUGUCACCUCCAGCACACUGUGA